GUCAGCAACGUCUGCCUCUCGCUGUCUCUAUUUGUUGUCUAUGGUCGGCGGUCAAUCGCGGCUUGACAUAACCUCACAGCCUCGUAUAACCUGAAACUUUCUACAAUUCUCGAGGAAUAAAAUUCACGAAAAUGCUGUCAAGAUACGUUUGCCCGGUGUUUCUUUACGGAAAACUCACUCGCGGAAGGUGUUUACAGAACAAUCUGCCGGCGUUGGUUGCUGCUGUUAAUCAUCCCAACAAUUUUAUGCAAGUAGCACAUAUAAGUAAGCACUGGGAUCCCAAAUGGAAGAAAGAAAGGAGACAGAAGGUUAUUAAAGUAAAACUUCCCAAUUUCGAAGACGAGGAUCCUGCUACAAUGGACAAGGAGAAAAUACGAUCGCGUUUGAAAGAGCAUGGUUUCCUACCGCAGAAACCUUGGCAGGAAAGACCAGCGUUUAUCAGUGCUACUUCGGCAAUUUUCGAGCCCUUCAUUGCACCGGAAGGAGAUGGAAAAUAUUCUGCCCUUAGCAAAGAAGGAGCAAAGCAAAAGUUAACAUUGUUGGACAAAAAGAGGAAAUCUCUAAUGGCCAUCAGAAAAGUUAAAUCGUUUGACGAUUCAUUCAAGACGUCAUAUUUUUUAGAAGAGGCCCUGCAUAUCUAUCAAAAGGCACAUGAAGCUUUACCUAGUAAAAAUGAAGAGGAGAUUUUAAGAUACGUUACAGAAACGGUAUAUCCUAAAAUAACACACAAUAUGAAGGACAAAACCAUACACUGGAAGUUCUUAGAGUCUUUGGAACCAGCCCGCCUCGUGCACGCAAGGACUAUAGACAUAUUAACGAAAGACAACGUUUUCGCACAACUUACUGUCCGGUUCCACACGCAACAGGUUUUAGCAAUUUACGACAGAUUUGGCCGUCUCAUACAAGGGAGCGAAAUUCUAAGGAAAGACGUAUUAGAGUACAUAGUAUUCGAAAAACAUUUAUCUAAUGAGUACGGUCAAUGGCGAAUUCACGGUAAGAUUAUACCGCCCUGGAUGACUCCGACGGACAUAGCGGAAGGCACGUUUGUUCUGCCGAAAGAGAAACCCGAACCAACUGGGCCGCACCCUGUAGAAGUUGCGUUAACAGAAGACACGUCAAAGGAUGCCGUAAACGUACAAUCCUCAUAAAAAUACAAUAUACAUGUAAAUGGUUUUAAGUAUUGUUUAUAUUAUAUUGUCUGUCAUGUUGAGAUACAAAAUAUAUUGCAAUUCAUGCAACAAUCCAAAGUAGUGCAUUUAUAUUCCAACAAAGUUUGAAUCAAUAUUCUCACAAAAGUGUAUGCUUUCUCAAAGUUUUAAUUAUUAAU